UGCACUUGCAGCGUUGCCGGCUGUACUUAGUAUGUGUAUCCAGGUGUGGGCAGUGAUUCAGGGCUUUGGUGAUCUCUCUUACCGGCCCAAGGAUCCAAGGCAGUCCGUGCAAAACCUGGCCAGCAGCCCGAGUGAGUAGGAGCCAUGUGACUCUGGUGAGUUGGAGUGUGCAGUUGCCUCCUGCUUCAGAGCUACCUGAUCCGAAUACUAAGCAGAGCGAGUGCCGGACUGAGUGGAAGACACCGAAGACACUGCAGUGCAAGGUGCUUUUUCCAGAGGUGUCACAGAACAUGGAUAUUAAAGACCAAGGAGCCCAAAUGGAGCCUCUGCUGCCUACGAGAAAUGAUGAAGAAGCAGUUGUGGAUAGAGGUGGAACACGCUCUAUACUCAAAACACAUUUUGAGAAAGAAGAUUUAGAAGGUCAUCGAACAUUAUUUAUUGGAGUUCAUGUGCCCCUGGGUGGAAGAAAAAGCCAUCGUCGUCACAGGCAUCGUGGUCAUAAGCACAGAAAGAGGGACAGAGAGAGAGAUUCGGGACUAGAGGAUGGACGAGAGUCACCUUCUUUUGAUACCCCAUCACAGCGGGUACAGUUUAUUCUUGGAACUGAGGAUGACGACGAGGAGCACAUUCCUCAUGACCUUUUCACAGAACUGGAUGAAAUUUGCUGGCGCGAAGGGGAAGAUGCCGAAUGGCGAGAAACAGCCAGGUGGUUGAAGUUUGAAGAAGAUGUGGAAGAUGGAGGAGAGAGGUGGAGCAAGCCCUAUGUGGCUACACUUUCAUUGCACAGCUUGUUUGAGUUGAGAAGCUGUGUUCUGAAUGGAACUGUGCUACUGGACAUGCAUGCCAAUACAUUAGAAGAAAUUGCAGAUAUGGUCCUUGACCAGCAAGUCAGCUCAGGCCAACUGAAAGAAGAUGUACGCCACAGAGUCCACGAAGCUCUGAUGAAACAGCAUCAUCACCAGAACCAGAAGAAGCUCACCAACAGGAUCCCUAUUGUCCGAUCCUUUGCCGAUAUUGGCAAGAAACAAUCAGAGCCAAAUUCCAUGGAUAAAAAUGCAGGUCAGGUUGUUUCUCCUCAGUCUGCUCCAACCUGUGCUGAGAAUAAAAAUGAUGUUAGCAGGGAAAACAGCACUGUUGACUUUAGCAAGGGACUGGGAGGCCAACAAAAGGGGCAUACUAGUCCAUGUGGGAUGAAACAAAGGCAUGACAAAGGACCUCCACACCAGCAAGAGAGAGAGGUUGAUCUGCAUUUUAUGAAGAAGAUCCCUCCAGGUGCUGAGGCUUCAAACAUCUUGGUGGGAGAGUUGGAGUUCCUGGAGAGAACUGUAGUCGCCUUUGUCAGGUUGUCUCCAGCUGUCCUGCUCCAAGGCCUGGCUGAAGUUCCAAUCCCAAGCAGAUUUCUCUUCAUUCUUCUGGGACCUCUGGGAAAAGGUCAACAAUACCAUGAGAUUGGCAGAUCGAUUGCAACCUUAAUGACUGAUGAGGUAUUUCAUGAUGUUGCUUACAAGGCUAAAGACCGCAAUGACUUGGUGUCAGGGAUUGAUGAGUUUCUGGACCAAGUUACGGUUCUCCCUCCUGGAGAAUGGGACCCAAGUAUCCGGAUAGAACCUCCAAAAAAUGUUCCUUCCCAGGAGAAGAGGAAAAUUCCUGCUGUACCAAAUGGAACAGCAGCUCAUGGUGAGGCCGAGCCACAUGGAGGACACAGUGGACCUGAGCUCCAGCGAACUGGAAGGAUUUUUGGGGGACUUAUAUUAGAUAUCAAAAGGAAAGCUCCAUUCUUCUGGAGUGACUUCAGAGAUGCUUUCAGCCUGCAAUGUUUAGCAUCUUUCCUGUUUCUCUACUGUGCGUGCAUGUCUCCUGUCAUCACGUUUGGAGGACUGUUGGGAGAAGCAACUGAAGGUCGUAUAAGUGCAAUCGAAUCACUCUUUGGAGCAUCUAUGACCGGGAUAGCCUAUUCUCUUUUUGGUGGACAGCCCCUUACCAUAUUAGGCAGUACAGGACCUGUUUUGGUGUUUGAAAAGAUUUUGUUUAAAUUUUGCAAGGAAUAUGGGCUGUCAUACUUGUCUUUACGAGCCAGUAUUGGGCUUUGGACUGCAACCCUGUGUAUCAUCCUUGUGGCCACCGAUGCGAGUUCCCUUGUCUGCUAUAUCACUCGCUUUACUGAAGAAGCUUUUGCUUCACUCAUUUGCAUCAUUUUUAUCUAUGAAGCCCUAGAGAAGUUGUUUGAACUCAGUGAAGCCUAUCCAAUCAAUAUGCACAAUGACUUGGAGCUGCUGACACAGUACUCAUGUAACUGCGUGGAGCCACAUAGUCCCAGCAAUGACACCCUGAAGGAGUGGAGGGAGUCCAAUAUCUCUGCCUCUGACAUAAUUUGGGGGAACCUAAGCGUGUCAGAGUGCAGAUCACUGCAUGGAGAGUAUGUUGGGCGAGCCUGUGGUCAUGGCCACCCCUACGUGCCGGAUGUUCUCUUUUGGUCGGUGAUCCUGUUCUUCUCCACAGUCACCAUGUCAGCCACCCUGAAGCAGUUUAAGACGAGCCGGUAUUUCCCAACCAAGGUUCGAUCCAUAGUGAGUGAUUUUGCAGUUUUUCUUACAAUUCUGUGUAUGGUUUUAAUUGACUAUGCCAUUGGAAUUCCAUCGCCAAAACUACAAGUACCAAGUGUUUUCAAGCCUACACGAGAUGACCGUGGCUGGUUUGUGACACCGUUAGGUCCAAACCCAUGGUGGACAAUUAUAGCUGCUAUUAUCCCAGCUUUGCUUUGUACAAUUCUGAUUUUCAUGGACCAGCAGAUCACAGCUGUCAUCAUCAACAGAAAAGAGCAUAAGCUAAAGAAAGGUUGUGGCUAUCACCUGGAUCUGUUAAUGGUGGCCAUCAUGCUGGGGGUGUGCUCCAUUAUGGGCCUGCCAUGGUUUGUGGCUGCCACAGUCCUCUCCAUCACUCAUGUCAAUAGCCUGAAGCUGGAAUCAGAAUGUUCUGCCCCAGGAGAACAACCCAAAUUCCUUGGCAUCAGAGAACAGCGGGUGACUGGGCUCAUGAUUUUUAUUCUUAUGGGUUCAUCGGUUUUUAUGACCAGUAUUCUGAAGUUUAUCCCCAUGCCAGUGUUAUAUGGAGUGUUUCUUUAUAUGGGUGCUUCAUCUCUAAAAGGAAUUCAGUUAUUUGAUAGGAUAAAGCUCUUCUGGAUGCCAGCCAAACAUCAACCAGAUUUUAUAUAUCUAAGGCAUGUACCACUCCGGAAAGUCCAUCUCUUCACAGUUAUUCAGAUGAGUUGCCUUGGCCUUUUGUGGAUAAUCAAAGUUUCAAGAGCAGCUAUUGUCUUCCCUAUGAUGGUGUUAGCCCUGGUAUUUGUGAGAAAGUUGAUGGACUUCUUGUUUACCAAACGGGAACUCAGCUGGCUUGAUGAUUUAAUGCCUGAGAGUAAGAAAAAGAAACUUGAAGAUGCUGAAAAAGAAGAAGAACAAAGUAUGCUAGCCAUGGAAGAUGAGGGCACAGUACAGCUCCCACUGGAGGGACACUACAGAGAUGACCCAUCGGUGAUCAAUAUUUCUGAUGAAAUGUCAAAGACUACCAUGUGGGGGAACCUUCUGGUUACUGCUGACAACGCAAAAGAUAAGGAGUCACGCUUUCCUUCCAAAAGCAUUGAAAGCCGAAAAGAGAAGAGAGCUGACUCAGGGAAAGGUGUUGACAGGGAGACUUGUCUAUGACUUGAUCUUCAAUUUAUUUUUUACAUAUAUAUGAGAAGAGUGUCACAAUUAUUAAUAAAACUACUUUGAUCAUGUAUUGUAAACCCCGUCUCCCACCCCAAAUCCACCUUCAUACUGUAAGUAGUGCCAUGCUUGCUCCAGC